UGGCAGCUCUGUUUUGAAACAACGCAGUUUCUUACGUUUUCCAAGGAUGUCAAUUAGCCGGCUGCAACCGUGUUCUGUGCUCACCCGUAAAUUUUUUUCCACCUCAAUUCGUCUAUUCAGUUCUACUGUGGCCAAAAGUAUGGAAAAACAUCAGGUCGUACCGGAUGUGAUUCCGGUGGUACCCACUGAAGUGGCAAAGGUUAAUUACGCAACCGGCGUUGCCGUAAACGAGGGUAACGAGUUGACCCCCACCCAGGUGAAAGACAUCCCGAAGGUGGAAUGGAAUGCAGAUGGGUCGGCGUUCUAUACCCUCUGCAUGACCGAUCCGGACGCCCCAAGCCGCAAGGAACCAACUUUCCGCGAGUGGCAUCAUUGGUUGGUGGGUAACAUUCCGGGAGCGAAUGUAGCCAAAGGAGAAACAUUGUCGGAAUACGUAGGUUCAGGGCCUCCGGAAGGUACCGGUCUUCAUCGUUACGUAUUCUUGGUUUACAAGCAAAACGGAAAACUGAGUUUCGAUGAACCGCGACUGACCAACCGUAGUGGGGAUAACCGUGGUGGAUUCUCCAUCAAGAAGUUUGCCGACAAGUACCAGCUGGGAAAUCCGGUCGCCGGUAAUUUCUACCAAGCUCAAUGGGAUGACUAUGUGCCUCUGUUAUACAAACAACUCGGUGCAUAAAUCUAUUAAGUUGAAAGAGAUGAGAAAAGCCGCAUUUUAUCAAUUUGUUAAGCAUGUUCUGGAAGCAUAAAGAUUAAUAAAUAACCAAUUGGAAUUACGA